AUGAACAUGAAAGCACACACAAGCACCGGAGUCUCACCUCCAUCCUUGCCGACAAUACACACAGAUUCGAGAGCAAUAUUUAGGUUGAAGCGAAAGAUACGUAUAAUUCAUGUAAUUGCGCCAGAAAUUAUAAAGACUGACGUGGAACACUUCCGUGAAUUGGUCCAGCGACUAACUGGAAAACCUGCUGGAAGCAAAGGAAAAACGGAGAAGAUAAACAAAGAUCCAAAUAGAUUAAGCAAAACUAAGGAAGCGCGUGAACAGAGAAUCAAGCAGGAGAUUGAAGAAUCAUGGCAAGGUGAGAAUUCGGAUUAUUACAUUGAUAAUCUCUUUGUAGACAUGGAAGAAGAGUUAUUGGGGUUUCCUGUGUUAUGA